UUAAGGUGUGUUUUUCCCGGUUGAGCAGGUGAAUCAUCCCCGCUCUUACUACACUUACUGGGAGACGACGUGUGAGUUGAGUCAAAUUUCUGUGGAAGAAAAUCAGGAACUUGUCAUACGGAAACUUCACGUUGUUGCGUAAAAGGUUUUCUAAUGCGUUUCUAAAGAAGGCUCGUUCGCUUUUUAUACAUUUUAUUGUUGCGUGUCAGUGUUGAGGAGGAAGCCGGAGUUCAGCGGUUGUUAGGCGGACACUUCGUAAGGCCUGCCCUGGAAACAUGCUGCUGUCCACCGUGCUGGUCCUUCUGCUCAGCCGAGCUGCUGCUACUGCUUAUGUUCCGCCGCCGACAAACGUGACGCUGAGCUGCCUGAAUCUCCAUGUCGCGGUCACAUGGGACUACAGCGAACAUGGACCACAAACCAGAUUCAUAGUACAGAUCGAAGGGUCUGAAGGGAAACCCUAUCAGAACGAAACCACAGACCAUCGGUACAAUCUGAGCGACUACAUCUGGGCGUCCGAAAAGCGCUACAUGGACUUACAUUACGUCACCGUGACAGCCGUAGAGGGAGGCAACCAGUCCGAACCAGUAACAUCCGAAACAUUAUCCUUUAAUGAUUUAAAGACGGUCAAAAUAAAAUGUGAAUUAGACUUCCCUCCCGUGGAUGUGUAUGAAAAGGAUUCGGGCGCCACAGUGAGCUUCAGGAAUCCCCUCCACUACUACAGCCAACUGAAGCACGCUGUCAAGACGGAUGCUACCAUCUUUAAAUUCUCUUCAGAUUAUGGAGAUGUUGACGGUGUUUGCACGGUGAAACAGAAAAACUGCAAACAUGACAUCUCGUUUCCUGAGGGGGCGGAGAAGUGCGUCAACCUGACAGGAAGCUUGUUUAAGGAGGACCGUAGUAGCUAUGUGUUGUUCAGAAAGACACACAUCUGUGCCACUCCAUCGACUGAGCUCCCUGCGAUAGCGUUUGCUAUAAUGCUGUUCCUCCUCUUCGUCGUAAUCAGUGUGGUUAUUUUUCUGAUCUGCAAAGCAAAAGCCUGGACGAUGAAGCUACCCAGUCUUCCCUCGGCUCUGGAAGACUUUGAAGCUGCAAGAAACCACUGGGACGGGGAGUACGAUCCUGUGUCCAGCACAGACUACAGUCUGUUGACCGUCAUCCCUGCCAAACCCUGCAAGAACCUGUCGGUCAGCUCCGAGGACGGAGACAGUCUCUCCAAGGACAGGGACAGUCUCACCGAGGACAGCUGCUGCUCCUCCUCCGGGGGAGAACUUGGAGAUGGAUACAGGGGAGACGAAGACUUCGCAGAGGACUCGGUGAAAACGGAGACGCUUUCCAUCGAUGUGGAAGGGAUGGAAGAGAAUGAACGGUCUCCCUACGACUGCCCACACAACCUGCCACGCAAUCUGCAGGUGGACAUGGGGGACGGAGACAUGGUCACGGGUUACAGCGAGAGGGAAAGGCAGUCUUGAUUUGGGAUUUUAAAUUUGUAUAGCGUUACUUUUAACUCAUCCUGGAUCAGCCAUCACGUUCGUACCUCAGGGCUAACUAUGCACUAUAAAGCCUAAACAUUGCACUCAGGGAGGUUGUGCCUUUGCCAAGAAGACCCCUGAGAGACGCUCAAACUUUUUUUUUUCUUCCUGACUGCACUGUUAGAAAAUGCACUGACCUACAUGUUAAAGGACAAAUCCGGCGCUAAAUUAACCUAGGGGUUAAUAGCACGUGUACCGAGUCGACUGUUCUCUGAGAUAUGUUUUUAUGCUAAUAGAAUGUGACCAGCUUUAGCACAAACCACUAAUUAGCUUAUAACGCCAGUCGUCGGGGCAGGGAUAAAGUAAAAAGAA